CACACGCAGAGGAACCGCUCUAGAUUCAUUGCCCAAAUUUGACAUCUGCUUCAAUGACCGACAAGACGGCGAUUUCAGCCGAUCCUGCUGAGCCCGUCCAGCGCCAGCUUCACUCAAACAUCGAAAAUAUUGAACCAGAUGGAGGAAUUGGUAAUGAAGGUAAUGGAACAGAGCUUUCCGGUCCUAAGAGAAAAAUUAACCCGGAAGAUGACCUAACAUCACGGUCGAAGCGCCAGAAGGGUGUUGCUCCAAUCAAAGCAGAGUACUUGAUUCAUCCUACUGGUAGCAGAGUCGCGGAAGCUCGGCGCGGGGCUGAGGAUGACGACGCGGCUGAGGCAGCAGAUGAUCGCUACCGAGACCGAAAUUCACGAGACAAGCGUCAAGGCGGGAAGGGACAUAAGAAGAGCCAAAGGAAUAACCAAAAAGGCCAGAACACUAGUCGAAAAUUCGGGAGCUCACAUGAUAAACUUCAGCUCUGUAAUACUCGUGCACUCAGCCCUGAGUUCUCUCCCAAAGACUGCUCAUAUGGAGACCGGUGUCGUUUGGAACAUGACCUCCGCAAGUACUUGGCUAAAGGCAAACGCGAGGAUUUGACCACUUUUGGUGGAAAAUGCCCGAUUUAUGAGUCGAAAGGCUUCUGCAACCUCGGCUGGAAGUGCCGAUUCGUGGGAUCUCACUCUGAAGAGCGCGAAAAUAAGGAUGGGCGGCAGGAGCUUAUUCUAAUGGAAGACCCUGAGCGAAAGUCAGCCGCUGAGCAAUCUCCUGCUGCGGAAGACGAAGUGGGAGUGGUCAAUGUUGUCCCAAAAGAGGCCAAAAUCAACCUGUCAAAGAGGAAGACCGGAACACCGAGAUCUGACGCUUACCUCCAGUGGGUCAAUGCAAACGUCGAUAGUUUGAGGAACCACUUCGACAACAAGCUGGGAGCUCCUAUCCAGGAGGAUGAUAAAAAGCCAGAGCCAGAACAGGAGAAGCACGAGAAGGGGGACAAUCGGGCCCAAUAUACCGAGCCUCCAUUCUUGCCGUCCGAGAAACGCCGUAUCUACUAUGGUUCCGAGACGCCCAUCCUGGCGCCUCUCACUACGCAAGGCAACCUCCCUUUCCGCCGUCUCUGCGUUGAGCUUGGUGCUCAAGUCACAUGGUCUGAAAUGGCCAUGGGACUUCCACUGAUCCAAGGGGAGAAGGGUGAGUGGGCCCUCAUGAAAGCUCAUGAGUCCGAAAUCCGACCGCCUAAAUUUUUCCAAAAGAAUAUCAUUGUCCAAGGCUACGACAACGCAAAAGAUCUCAAAUUCGGAGCUCAGAUUGCGGCUAACAAACCAUGGCUGGCCACAAAGACCGUCGAGGUGUUAACCUCACUUUGUCCCCACCUUCGUGCCAUUGAUUUGAACUGCGGCUGCCCUAUUAACCUUGUCUGCGAACAGGGCGCUGGAUCUGCUCUUCUGGACAACGGCGCUAAGCUAGAGAAUAUUCUGCGAGGUAUGAACUAUGUUUCCAACGAAACCCCAAUCACCGCCAAGAUCCGUAUGGGCACCAAGGACAGUCAACCAACGGCCCUGAAGCUAGUCAAACGCCUCGUGCUUGGUGGCUACGAGGCUAUUGAGGCAGGCAAAGGUACUUCGGGUGUUGCAGCUAUCACGCUUCACGGCAGGAGCAAGCAGCAGCGCUACACUAAGAGUGCAGACUGGUCCUACAUCGCAGAAUGCGCCGCCUUGAUCCGCAGGCUGAAGCGUGAUCGAAGUGAACAAAGUGACACGAUGAAGGAAGCCGACCCGCGGGAUGUCGCCAACGAAGGGCAUGUCUACUUUGUCGGAAACGGCGAUUGCUACUCACACAUCGACUACUACAAUCACCUCGAUAACGCACAAGUGGACUCUGUCAUGGUCGCCCGCGGGGCCCUUAUCAAACCGUGGAUCUUCGAGGAAAUUGAAAAAGGUCAAUACCUCGACAAAUCUGCCAGUGAGCGUCUAACCUACGUUGAAAAGUUUGCAAAGUAUGGCCUGCAAACAUGGGGCUCGGAUGAGAUGGGAAUAGGCACAACACGUCGUUUCCUUCUCGAAUGGCUUAGUUUCGCAUGUCGCUACGUACCUGUAGGAUUGUUAGAGCACCUCCCGCCGAAUAUUCAGGACAGGGCCCCUGCGUUUAAGGGGAGGGAUGAUUUGGAGUCGUUGAUGAGCAGUGAGAAUUAUAAGGAUUGGAUCAAGAUCAGUGAAAUGUUCCUUGGACCAGCUCAUCCGGAUUUCAAAUUUGAGCCCAAGCACAAGAGCAAUGCAUACGAUAUCGAGGCUGAGGGUUGAGGGCUGCAAUAUGGAUAAAGGAAAGUAAGUGGAAUAAAUCUCGGGAGUUGACUGCAUACCUGCAUGAGGCUCGAGAAUGCGAGAGUUUAGAGUUUUGCAUUGCGAGGCGGAAGCGAUAGCGAUGUUCGCAUCGUCAAGCAUCGGUCUCGGCAUAGAACACCAAGGCUUGCGAUGUUGAUCUGGAGGGAUUCUGGUUGCUACUUGGUGUGCGCCUCGGAUCUCGAAC